GCGUUACCCCUUCAACCAACAUUCUUCUCAAGUCACUUUUAUACCAUCACUCGACAUCACAUCGGAAGAGAGGUUCUUCCGAUGGUCAAGAGUAUCUACAAAAGAUGACAAGCAAGGAAAAUAGACGGCUCAAACGUCGAUGGCUGUAUGCUAUAGGAGCUAUAAAGACUGACUCCAGAGCAGCAUCUUCCUCGUCUAUCGUCCCACUAUCCCAAUCAUUGGUUGAUGAGACAUUAGGAUCCAUCAAUGGGGAAGAGAAUAAUCUUUGGCUGGCGACUGCAUGUAUAGAUGCGAUUCGAUCAGGGCUGCCUCCCUUGCAGGAUGAUCCAAUACUGCUCCGACAUAUUCUGGCAAUUGGCCUACGAGCAACAGAAAGCAGUACCCGUUCAGCUGAGGAUGCACUCGAUGGUCCAGAACAAACGCUUCAUCUAUUAGCGGCAAGGGCAACUAUCCUUCGCUAUGCACGCCUGUUAGACGUAUGGAACAAAGUAUUCGGACCUGAAGCAGAUCGAUUCGCUUCAAGAUGGGAUGUCAGUACUGGCAAAGAUGGAGAUACAAAAGCAGUUGAGAAUGAAGAGGACGAAUACGAUGCAUGGGCAGAAUUAGCAGAAACAACACCAUCUCCAAUCGCACCGCAAAGUAUGCGCUCAUCUGCUUUAACUUUCGUCUCAUCGUCUCCAGUGCAAAAAGCGAUGGAAUUGGCAAUGGCCGGACAGGCUUUACAAUUGAGCUCCUUCUUACGAGCCUUACCCAAAGCCUUGGCGUUAGAAAUCUUUCCGCAGAGAUAUACAAUCGUGAAAGCUCUAUUGAUGUCUUCCGCUGUACUUCAGACUGAUUUAUCCAUUCUUGUCAGGUCAGAGGUCUUACCGAGCGUCGUAGAUGGAAAGGAGUCGGGAUUAUGGAUUCGAAUUGGACAAGUUGGACCUCAGGAUGAGCAGGACUUUAGCGAUUUGCCCGAGAUACAAAGAUUGCUACAGAAUAGAAAGCUACUGAAUCGCGAUGCGCAACUUUUUGACUUUGGGGACGUUGCAUGUAGUGAUGCUCUCGAUCAAGUCUCCGUCAUGAAUUUUUACAGAGACACAACUCUGGAGAUCGAGCAGCAGACAGGCUCCGUAUUCUUUGCGGCUCAAUUGGCGACAUUCGCAUCAUCAAAUGCAUUCGGUGCAAGUGUCAAUGAGGGGAUUGUAAGACUAUCAGAAGAUCUUCAAUUAUUCCUUCCUCUCAUCCAUGGACGCGCAUCUUCAGCAGAGGCAAAACAAUGGUCUUUGCAGAGCUUCUGCAGAGCGUUACAGUCAGCCUCGGAUCCCAUCGCAUGUGCUAGUCUGGCCUCUCUAUAUCUUGAGAAUGUUGAAGACCGCAACAAUGCUUUGGAAGCACUUCGAAAUGGUGUUCUGCCUCUACUUCGUGCUUCAAUCAAACGUAGUUCAACAUCUUCAUUGGACAGUGGAACACUUGCAAGCAAAGUACGAUCGCGCAUUAUCGAUCUGUACCUUUUGCUAGCUGAGAAAGGCAAAGUAACAACAUUAUCGUAUUUGUUGCUAUCUGACGAUGAUUCUCUCGUUGCGCUCGAUCUGGACAAAAAGGCUCAGAUUUUGUUGGCAAUCAUUUUGACCUCAGAAGUGACAGACCGGAGAACAUUGGACGUAUUACAAAAUCUGGUAAGCACUUUGGGUUCUUCGAUGGUGAACCUGAAUCGGACUGAUCCGUCCAGCGAUUCUACUGAUAUCAAGCCCUUGAAAGAUAUUGUCACAUCUACAUUGACUCGAUCGAUUGCAAUCCAGCCAACACCAUCAGUAGUCUUCAAAUUAUUCAAUGAGAGCACUAUUGUCGAAUUGACCAAUUAUUUGCAGCGAGCUCAAGCUUGUCAGCAAGCUGCACUUCGGCUGUCGAUGUUUGUCGAAUCCGUCAAAGUGGCAUGGCUUGCAAGUUUGGAGGGCAGUAGAGAUGAGCAGUUGGCAGGCGUCACCCGUUUGGUUCGAUCGUUCAGCAGGAGUGCAAGUCACGCACAAAUGUACUCACAAUUUGCCAACACGUUACGAGCGGAUGCCGGUCCAAGACAGGCGUUUGACCAGAUCAGCCGAAAAGAUGUUGCCAAGAUCGUAUUGGAAGGUGCAUCUCGUGUUGGAGAUAUACACAUUUUCGAUCAGGUUCUUCGCAGCGAAACAAAUGAGAUCUUGGAUGCACAAGAGCAAGAGGAUAUCAUCGUUGAUGCCUCUGAAGAGCUUUAUGAUAAUUCAACUACCGCCAACCUUCAUCAAGGAGAUAUGAAGAUGGCGUACGAUUUGCUUUCAAGAGCGCCACAGACGAAGCGUGUACAACAAUUCAAGGCUUUCAUUGAAGCAACUUCCCGUCUUUGCUCGUAUCGUGUCCCAUCAAAGAUUCACGCCAAUGCACUUCUGCUACCGAUCGAGAUUCGUAUCUCUUCAGAUCUUCUAGACCUGAUCCGUCGCUUGCUUGGAACGCGAAGUGAUGCUUACCGAACUCCCGAUAUGAUUUUGGAUGUCGCAAAUAAGCUCUGUGCCAUUCCACCAGGAGCACGAGGGGACACAUCAGCCGGACCUAUACCAAGCAAAAGUCUGGUUGAGAAUUCCACUUUGGCUAUGCUAACGGAUGCUGCACUCUCUCAAGGUGAUUAUAUUAGCGCUCAAGGCUUUUGUGAACGAUUGGUAAGCAAUGCUUUACAAUUGGGAAAGCGUGUAGAACAAAGUCGAUCGGACGAAAGUGGAAAUGUAUCAAAGCAAACUGUUGAACUGUAUGAAGAAGUGACAAGCUUGGCCCAUCGAACAUGUCAUCAAUUAUCCAAACAACCCGAUUGGACAGAUCAUGCAAGCAGAUUACGUUGGGCUGGAUUCGCCCUAGCCUUUUGUCCGGCAGAACAAUUGGGCAAAUAUAUGGAAAAUUGGAGAAAGAUUGCGCAUGAAUUUGAACAAGAACUACAAGCAAAUCCACCAAAGAUCUUUGUGGAUGAAUUACAAAGAAGUGGCUUAUCUCGUGGAGGUGUGAGCGCAGCUUCUCUUGGCGGUGGAUUGAGCGCUGCUUUACAAGCAGGUACGGGUGGUUUAAGUGCUGCUGGAUUGGCAGCCUUGAGUCAAUUUGGAGGAAGUUUGGAAUCCUAUGCAAAUCCAUUGGGUGCUUUAUUCUCACGAGGUCCGGCGGCAAUACGACCUUUAGCGGCAGCAAACAAUUCAACAUCGUCUUCGUCGAAUAUGACCAGAAGUGCAUCGCAAAGAUCCAAUUCUUCAGCACAGAAUUCUUCUCAUCCAGGUGGAGAUUUGCAGGCAAAUGCAAACAAUACCGGCAGUCCGAUCUCGCGUGCAGCCAGGCUGUUUGAUGGAUUAGGUGUUGCUGCUGAUGGUCAUUCGUCGUCAUCGGGAGGCGGCACGCCUUCUGAAGGUAUGCCAGGUUAUAUGGAUCCUGCCGAAAGGGCAGCCAGGGCCGCUAGACGAUUCUUUAGCGGAUUUGGUACUGGCUGAUCAAUAGAAAAGAAUCAUGUAUUUUUAUACCUUGAAAUGAAAUAACAAGCUAAAAAGAUCUCAAACGAUAUUGACCCGAAAAGGUAUAGAUUAUGGGAUGAUAUUGACCGGAGAGAGGUACAAAAGGUGUACAGAGAUCGAGAAGAAUGUCUAUUGAAUGCACGGAGAGAAAAAAAAGUGCAAGUUGAGCCCAAAUGAAUAAAUUCUGAUGCGAGACCCCCGCUUUAUAGGGGG